CUCGCCAGGUGGGCGUGGUUUGAUUGGCUCUGCCGAGGGGUGGGAGAGGUCAGCCCGCUUCCAGGUGCGUGGUCAUGGUGAUCGUGGUUGCCAGGAAGAACUGCCACAAAGGGAAGCUGAUGGAUUUCCUGUCCAUAAACGUCCUCCCGCUGCUGGUGGGCGGCUUGGGGAUCUACGGCAUCUUCUGGCUCCUGCAGCGGAUACAAGCGAGGGCCUACCUCAAAGAUGCGGUGGUGGUGAUCACCGGAGCCACUUCGGGCCUAGGGAAAGAAUGUGCCAAAGCUUUCCAUGCUGCCGGGGCGAAACUGGUGCUGUGCGGCAGGAACAGUGAGAGGCUGAAGGACCUUCUGCGGGAGCUCUCCACCACAGCCGGUCAUUCCAAGAACCCCCACAAACAUCACACAGUGACCUUUGACCUCUCAGACACCAAAGCCGUGUUCAGUGCCGCGGAGGAGAUUUUGAAGGGCGUGGGUCAGGUGGACAUCUUGGUCAACAACGCCGGGAUCAGUUACCGAGGAACCAUAGCGGACACGGUGGUAGAAGUGGACAGGAAAGUAAUGGAAACCAAUUACUUUGGCCCCGUCGCUUUGACGAAAGCCCUCCUGCCUUCUAUGAUCAAGAGGAGGAAAGGCCACAUUGUGGCGAUCAGCAGCGUCCAGGGCAAAAUAGCCAUUCCUUUCCGCUCGGCCUUGAUGGACAAGACCACCAGCCAAGGCCAGGGAGCAGCAGAGGUGGCUCAGGAAGUCCUCAGCGCUGUGGGGAAGAGGAAGAAGGAAGUGCUGGUUGCCGGCCUCACGCCUUCGCUGGCGGUGUACUUGCGGAUGUUCUUCCCCCGCCUAUUCUUCACCCUCAUGGCAGCCAGAGCGAGGAAGGAGAGGAAAGCCAAGGAGUCGUAGCUGGAGCGGGGACUGUCAGCAGAGGCAGCCAGCUGUUGAAAACUAAGCAUCUGCCCGACGUCUGGACUGCAGCGAUUCUUCUGAACACGACGCCCCUUUCAUUUGACACGUGAAGCUGUACCUGGUCUCACGCCGAUGACGGCUUUUCCCGCCCUCCUGGGAAAUUUUCCUGGGACCUGCAACAUGAAGGCUUUACCCAUAGCCCACAAGGUUCUUCUGCAUUUUUAAACGGACAAGAGCCCCUCGCGUUCAUUUCAGCAGGAUUCGGCUUAGGAGGGCCUAGCUCGCUUGGCUUUUCCCGCACUCGUCAUUAAUGCUCACGUGCUUGGGAAGCACCCGAAAAGCAGGGUUUCCUCUUCUCGGGGCCACAGUUGCUUGAUGGGGAAAAAGGGGAAGCUGUCCUGGUCUCCGUUCUGAAAGGAGAGCCGUUUAAAUAAUGUUUAUGGCGCUCACUUUGUACCCCAAGGCCCCGCGGUUAGGUCUCCACCCAAGCCCUGCUUCCGGAUGCAGCCUGUCAGCCAACUUAUUCUCCCAUGUUAAACUCUGUGCUUGUCCCUGGCAGACAAAAAUCACGGGAGGGUUUUUAUAGAUGACCCCUUAGAUGCACGCUGCUCAAGAAUUUCAGAGGGGAGCACACGGCUUUCUUCACAACCUGGACCCAACGGGCUAAGUGGGCUCAAAUAGCCAAAUCAGAGCAAGAAGUGUAAACACUGUUACUAACACCCCCUGAAUUUAAUAUCACCAUCCUGGGACUAACAUCUCUAGGAACCCAGCAUGGAAACCUAAUUUACCCCCAGGGUUCGUUCCGUCUGCUUUGGCCUGUCUCUGGGCACGGAUAUUACUAUGCAUCACUAUGCAAGCGACUUUUGUAACUUCCAACUGUCCUCUGCAUACAGUUGGGGUUUGCCGAGAUUUGUGCCCCACAAACUCACUCAAGCAGAGCGUAGCUUGAGCAGAGAGUAGGUCAGAAAAACCCCAUGCGCACUCAGGCCAUGCUAGUAUCUGAUGCCCACCCUAAAUGUUUAAAAUGUCAGCUCUGUGCCGGGGUCUGGUGCUCAAGAAAUCGGAAGCAGCUGUUUUGCGCUAGGCCAACGGCAUGCAUUCUCCCGUGGUCCUCUCUUCUCUUGAAUCUGUAACAUCCUUGUACUAAGCCUGCCAAAAUUUAAACAUUGUUUUCAGCUCUGGCUCUUGCAAAAAAAAAAAAAAGUAAACGUGUACAACUUGUCUGCAUAA